UGCACAAGUUGUAAAUUUAGCAAAGCUGUUUACAUUAGGACUGAAAACGAUAGUCGAAAAAUCGAUACAACACUAUCGACGACUCGUGAGUUCAGGGAGUCGUGCAGCUUGGACAAGUCAUGGAACUGGUUCCUUAAACCGGAUAACUCCCAAAUGAACCAAGGUUUAAAUUCGGAAAGUUUGAGUGGUUUUUGGGCUAAGAGAGGCUUGAAAAAUUGAAACAAGCAAGGGUGUUUAAAGGGCAAAUAUAGUUGGUCACAGACGGUUCUGGUGGAAAAAAAUAUAUAUAAGAUUAGAAGUCAAGUUCCAAAUAUUCCGUGAGGGAAAAGCCUGGAGCAGGAAAAUAUACUGACGUAAGGAGAGACGAAGACCAGCCACCAGGAGGAGAUCUACAUUUUCGACAGGAAAAUUGGCCACUCAUCCCCGGGUGGCCCCAGGUUUUUUUUAUUCGCCCCUUACAUUUGCCACAGAAUUAGCAAAAGGUUCCCGAAAGCUACAAGCGGCAAACAAAUUCAAAAAGCUGAAAAUUAAUACAACAAAAUUUGAGACUGAUGAUAUUAAUUAUGUAACCCGCCCAAAUUAAUUUAUUCCUAAUUAUAUCCAUUUAAAUUAUUUAUUUAUCUAACCUAUUUAUUUAUUGUUUAUUGUAUUUAUUUAUUUAUAUAUAUAUAUUAUGUGUUCCCUGUGAAAGUGCGGUACCGUAGGUAGGGUUAUAAAAUGUUAAAAUUUAAGAAAAAUUUGUGAAUUAUAACGUGAAAACGAAAUGAAGUCGUGUGAGUAGAGAUUCGUGUUGGGGGUGAGAUGAGUUAGGCGAGGUAGCAGGAUCCACCGACCAGGAUUGGGAGAUGUGUCCAAAGGAUGUUGAAGGAUACACUCAUGGUUGGGAGGGACUCCAGGACCACAAUAAGAUCUGUGUUGUCCAGUCCAGAUGUUCGAGAAAAAUCCGUCGUGAAAUUGCCAGUUGUCCGAGUUUGAAUUUCCGUUUUUUUUUGUUUUUUUUGUUGUGUCUGCUGCGUAGACAACAGUGUUGGUUGUUCCCCUCCCUGGGAUGUUCGUUGACUAGCCGGCAUAUACACUGCGCGAAAAGCAGGACACGACAAAUGGCGCCCAAUGAAAAUAUAAGAAAUUAAUGAAAUGGAAUCGAUAAAAGUAAAAAUUUUCAAGCAUAACGUAAAAAGUAAAUACUUACCAGAGAAUGUGUCAAUAGAAAGCGACAUCGGAAACCAGCUGUUUGGACCGUGGGCGGGCUUAGAAAGUCGAACCCAUCGUAGCCACAGUGAGUGAAAUUCCGAAAGGUCCUUUCUGCUGAGCACAAUCCUUGCUGAGAGAGAGAAGACCGAAUAGGAGUGGACCCAUGACCGAGUAAAGCGGGACAUGCGAAGCCAGGCUAGGAGGUUCAUCAGCAUAUGAAAUAGAAAAAGAAAACAAUUGUCAUUUUAAUAUGUUGUCUGUGGUAAAGUAAAUGUGUAAUAACUUAUCUAAAUUUGUUGUCUAUGUUUGGAGUUGGUGUGGUCCAUGUACGCUGUGAAUAAAGUGUAACAUCGUUGCCCAGCCAGUUUCAAGUAGAGUCUGAAAGAUAAGGAGUAAAUUAAAUUAUCAAAAUCGUUUAAAUACUUGUGAAAAAUUGACACGAACGGAUUAGGAACUGAAGGAAAGGAGAGAAAAGUUAGUGGAUAAUGUAAAUAGCUACGUCUCAUCCCCCCCAGAUUAGAAAAAUUUGAAGAAAGGGAUAAGAAAAACAAAUAUACAUAAGAAAGGAACUAGGAUAUGCCAAAUAGUGAUAGGAAUAGAGUUCAAAUCGGAAGAAAAUUGAGGAGAAGUUUGGAGUUCAUCCGGAAUAGGGGACCAGCAGGUAUGACUCCGCCAGUAACUCGCUCACAAGCAAAUCAAGAGGAGAAAUUAGAGAACAUAUCGGCACCCGAAGGCAUGGAGUCGCUAAGGGAGCAGAAUCCUGAAGGAAUUGGAAGCGGAAGUCCAGGAGAAGCUAGUGGUCUUCAAGCGGUAGGCGGAACCGGGGAUAUACCAAAGUCUUUGCCAUCUGAGAUAAAAUCAGGUGUUAAUGCGGCACUGGUUCAAGCUCAACAUACGUACCAGGUGGGAAUGUCGACGGAGUACGAAAUGUUUAAACAGCAGAUGCAGCAGGAUAUGAUGCAGUUCAUGAAGGACAUCAAUGACUGCAUGGCGGAGUGGCGCAGGGAUUUCGUGAAGGAAAAAGCAGCAUGGCAGGCAUCUACGCAGGUUCGCCAGGCCCAAGGACAACAAGUUGGACAGGGCCAAAUACCCUCUUCGGGGACGCCGAUGCCGCCACCUCAUGGCCUUGCCGAGCAGCCGCGGGCAAAUCCGAGUCAGAUGCCACCAUUCGACCCGAGGAUGCUACAACAACCUCCGCCAAUCAUACUGCCGGGGGUAAGUCACCACAUGGGUUUCCCGCCGCCAACAUCUGGGGCGCUGUCCGAGAAGCAGGAGAUGAAUCGCCACGCAUCGGAAGGGUAUCGGCAAACCGCCUGGUCGACGGAGCAGGAACCAAGGAGAUGGAAUGGGUCUCACAUGACGCCGCCAGAACAUCCUCCUGGAAACGGUGGGACUCACAACAACUUUAAUCCAGGACCGGAUCAGCGUCGGUCAAGCGGGGCAGUGGGCGAUUCUGCGUUUAAAGUCGGCCAACUGCGGAAGUGGGGGCUCAGUUUUGAUGGAAGUCCCAGAAGCAUGCCCGUGUCAGAGUUUAUAUUCCGCCUCGAACAUCUCCAAAGGUCGUAUCAGGUGCCGUGGAAGGAGGUCCUAAGAGAAUUUCACGUGUUAGUUGAAGGACAAGCCAAGGAUUGGUACUGGAUGUACGUGAGGUCAACGGAGAAGCAAGAGUGGACUUACCUGAGGUACGCACUACAGCAGCAGUUCCAGAGUCACCGAUCCAACUUCGAGCGAGAGUAUGAGCUGCGAGAACGGAAGCAGAAGCCGGGAGAAACGAUCGAGGUGUAUAUCCAGACCAUGCUAGCGCUCAGAUCUCGACUAGAGAUGCCGUUUUCCGACUUUGACCUGAUAAAAGUAAUAAAAAUGAAUAUUAGGGAUCAGAUUUCGAGAAUUAUAUACCCGAUAUACAUCACUAAUAUGGAUCAACUCCGACAUGAAUGCCACGACGCGGAGAGGAUAUUGGCGACUCGGUGGACCCGACAUCCCAGCAACCUCGAAACUCACCGAGGGUAUAAAGAUCGUCCGAGGAUCGAUGAGCUGUGUCCAGAAUCAGUCGGAGAAGAGAGUGUACCUGGAGAACAAGAGGAAGUGGAGGCAUUGGCUAGACACUGGGAGACCAACAGGGAACGACAGCCACUGACAUGCUGGAAUUGUGGAACCGUGGGACACCCAUUCAACGCGUGUGAAUCGGAGGUGUUGAAGGUUUUCUGCUUCAAGUGUGGACUACCCGGUGUGAGGACUCCAAGAUGUACUCGAUGCCAGACGGGAAACGGCGUGAGGAGCUUGGGCAAGAACGAGGAACCACGCUCCAAUCCGUUUGCCAUGAACAAGUGAAAGCCUCGUCAAAUUGCAUGCCUAAUGAUAAG